AAACAGAAAUAAUGUAUUUUUAGCAUACAUAGCUGUGUAUUUAUGGACAUAUUUAGAUAUUCACUCCAUCGUACGAAUAUAUGUUCAUAUUUGAUAUCGCCAGACAGUUCUGGGGUUUACUUCCACGUAUAAUGGUAGUUGGUUAGAAAAACUUUAAAAUACAAAAGCUAUAAUAGGAAAUUGUUAAAGAUGUUGAGAUAAUAUACGUAUAUAUGUACGUAGAUCACUAAACAAAACAUUUGUACAAAGCCUUGCAGUUUGUUAGGUUGUUAAGCUAGAUAAAAAUAAACUUUCUUCUUACAUAAACUAAAUUAGUAUUAUCAAUUAAAAGGUUUAUAAAAUGUGUUCGUUGGGAAGGUUCUUAUAUAUUUAGAUAGUUUACAUGAAAUAAAGAAUUAAUAUGAGCAUUUAUUUUUCAUUAAAUGGACGUUUUGGGUUUAAAUAAAUUCAGCUAAAAUAUUCAUAAUAGUGAAAUAAUGAGCAGAGUCAAUUCGCCUACAAAUAACAGUGGCUCGUCGUCCGAGACGAGUGAGGUUCAGAGUUUCGAAGAUAACAAAACAUUUGCAGAGUCUCCUGUUUCAAAAAAUCUGAUAGCGCAAAACAGGACUUCAAGGAGCCCAAAAAGUAUAAAAGAGUUUGGAAGUUACCAAAGUGGAGACAAAGAAGGGGAAACUAAAAGACCUCCCUGGAGGGCGGUGAGUGUGUCGACAUUGCCCAAACCGGAUAAGAAUGCAAUACUAAAGGCAAAACUUCUUGACGCCUCAAGGCGUUUACGUGCAGGAAAGUCUUCUAUCGGAUUGCAAACAUAUCUAGAACCAACAAAGCUAUUGAGGGAUGUUAAUUUAGGCAUACAAAAGGAUUUACUGCUUUUCAAGGAUACGGAAAUUCAAACAGAUGGUUUCUAUACUAAGAAGACAAACAACGGAGAAACGUUUAUUUUAACAUAUUCCGUUGCGCAGAUUACUGACGAUGUAAGAGUUUCCAAUGAAGCUACUCAAACUCUACUUCCAAGGAUUCCUGGAGAUAUCUUUUUGAAUACAUAUUUGGCUAAUUACGGAAAAAUAAAUGAAUUAAAGGACAGAAAUGUUAUAGAAAAAAAUGCAGUUGGUGCAGAUUACGCGAAACGAAAUAAAAAGUUGCAUUAUAAAUCUGAUGACUCGAUGGAUUCUGGACUGGAAAAAAGCGUUCCUAAUAAUGAAAUCGAUAUUAAGGAAUUGCGGAAAAUUAGCUUUAGGCCAAAUCUUCAACAACCCACUCUUUUAUCAUGGAAUUUUGAAUAUGGGGACUUGGCUGCUGAUAAUAACUCGCAAAAAUUUGUGCCGUAUGCUAUUCAAGCAAAUCAUUCACCGCGGAGUUUUAUUUCCCCGCAACAAGAAAGUAGUAGUUAUUAUAUUGGAAAAGAUUGCGAAUUGUUUUUGCUGUCCAUUGACGAACUUUUACAAGAAAUUAAUAGAUUGGUGGACAUAAUUGAGGAUAAUACAUCUGCAAAUAGAUAUUACAAUAAAAGCACAACAGAAUCGGUCCACUUUAAACAUAAACCGUUGUUUAUACCGUCCGAAAAAUGGUUACCAAUCAUUAUCAAGGAAGAAAAGCAGUUGGAAGAUAUGAUGAAAGAAAUUAAUAUAUGAAACCUGCAUAUGCAAAAGCUUAUCAAUGUCAACAAAAUUAUUAAAAAUAAUGGUUCAUAAUAAAUACUAGUAUAUAAUGUAGUAAUAUAUCACUUGAGAUUA